AUGGCUAAUCCCCUUCCUUUAGCCGGACCAGGAAACGCCAUCAUAACAUACAAUUGUGGCAAAACGUAUGACGUGCAUUUAUUUGGACUCAACGCACAUAGGAUAGUGCGACCAGCAGAGGGCGAACCUUUCUGCCUCUUGACUCGUAUUGAAUACCCUAGCGCGGACGCGGAGUACAAUAGCACAUUCUGCACCAUCUACUCAAACACUCCAGACGAUAACGGUCGGGUGCGUGAUUACAAUGUCAUCGCCAGGGUUGUGUCCGAAGCACCCAUCACCAAGGCGUCAGUUGACCGCUUCUUAGCAAGGGUUCAAGAAUGCCAUAUUGAAUUGUAG